GCCCUGUUGUCAGAAAGUUCAUAACCCAUAGCAGGGUGUAGAUCUUUCACCCCAGAACUACAUUUGCACCCUGGUAGUUUUGGUCGCUUUUUAUACACCUGCACGCGCUUUUUGAAUCGAGGAAUUAUGUCCCCUUUGAGUUUCCAUAACUUGUAGGAUUUGUUUCGGAUCAGCUGAAGCCGGCUCAUACUCUUUGCCUUAUCUUCGGCGUCUGAGCCUUACAUGAUGUAAGCAAACUGCACAUGCACUGAAUUGACUAAGUCGUCUAUGAAAAGUAUUUGAGGCUCAACAAUCCCGACCGAGCGCGCGUCACCAUGAAGAUCAACAAGAAACACGAUCGGCAGAAUCCGCUGGAAACCGCAAACUUGCUUUCCAGGGUCUUCAUGUGCUGGAUCGCCCCCAUCCUGCACCUCGGCUACAAGCAAAGACUGGAGGAGAGCGACAUGUACUGCGUUCUUCCAGAAGAUCACUCUGAGAGACUCGGGGAGGAAUUACAGAGGUUUUGGGACCAGGAAGUCAGAAAAGCAUCCAAAGAACUUCAAAAGCCAAAUCUUUCCCAGGCUCUCAUUAGGUGCUAUUGGAAAGCGUUCUCAGGGGCCGGGUUGUUUUUGUUUUCACUGGAGGCAAUUAAAGUGAUCCAGCCGUUACUCCUGUGGAAAAUAAUCCAGUACUUUGAGACUUAUGACCCGGACGACCAGAGAAGUCUCUACAUGGUGUACGGAUACGCUGCCGCCAUGUCCCUCUCCGCCUUUGGACUCACCAUACUCCAACACCUCUACUACUACCACCUCCAGAGAUUAGGCAUGAGGAUGCGAGUCGCCAUAUGUCACAUGAUAUACAGGAAGGCUCUCGGUCUCAGCAGUGAAUCAAUGGGGAGAACGACGACGGGACAGAUUGUGAACCUCCUGUCCAAUGAUGCCAAUCGUUUAGAUGAGAUCACUCUGAACCUGCACUACCUGUGGGUGGGCCCUCUUCAAGCGGUGGUCAUUGUUGUGUUCCUCUGGUACGAGAUUGGCCCCUCGUGUCUGCCAGGCGUGGCGAUCAUCGUCCUCAUGCUGCCUCUGCAGACCUGGUUUGGGAAGCUCUUCGGCAUCUUCAGGAGCAAGACGGCCGUGCUCACUGACAACAGGAUCCGCAUCAUGAACGAGGUCGUGUCCGGCAUCAGAAUCAUCAAGAUGUACGCCUGGGAGAAACCGUUCUGUGCUCUGGUUACUGAAGUCAGAAGGAAAGAAAUCAGCCAGAUUAUGAAGAGCUCCUACCUCCGAGGACUCAACAUGGCCUCCUACUUUGCCAGCAGCAAGAUCAUCGUCUUCAUCACCUUCACCGUCUACGCUCUCCUGGGCAACGCCGUCACCGCCAGCUGUGUGUUUGUCACCGUCUCCCUCUAUGGCACCAUCAAGCUCACGGUCACCCUGUUCUUCCCUCUGGCCGUUGAGAAACUGUCGGAGACUGUGGUCAGCAUCCACAGGAUCAAGAGUUUCCUCCUCCUGGAAGAGGUGGAGAGGAGAAACUUCAAGCUGCCUCUGGAGGAAAUGAAAGAGAAAUUCAUCGAGAUUGAGAAACUGACCUGUUAUUGGGAUAAGAGUUUGGACGCUCCGUCUCUACAGAACGUCUCUGUCACAGUGAAAUCUCACCAGCUUCUGACUGUGAUCGGCCCAGUGGGUGCAGGAAAGUCAUCCCUGCUGAGCGCCAUCCUCGGGGAGCUACCACACGACACAGGAGCGCUUAAGGUCAGAGGUCGGCUGACGUACGCCGCCCAGCAGCCCUGGGUGUUCCCUGGAACCAUCCGCAGCAACAUCCUGUUUGGGGAAGAGUUCAACCUGAAGAAGUACGAGAAAGUGAUCAGAGCGUGUGCACUGAAGAAGGACCUGGAGCUGCUCCCACAUGGAGACCUGGCGCUCAUCGGUGAUAGAGGAGCUACACUCAGCGGGGGGCAGAAAGCCAGGGUUAACCUGGCCAGGGCUGUGUAUCAGGACGCAGACAUCUACCUCCUGGACGAUCCUUUAAGUGCUGUGGACGCUGAGGUCGGGAAACAUCUUUUUGAACUGUGUAUCUGCGGCCUGCUGAAGAAUAAAAUACGAAUCCUGGUCACCCACCAGCUGCAGCACCUGAGGGCCGGAGACCAGGUUCUGGUCCUAAAGGAGGGUCACAUCAUGGCUCAGGGGACCUACAGUGAUCUGCAGGGCUCCGGUCUGGACUUUGUGUCUCUUGUGAAGAGUGUGGAGGAGCAGGAUGGAGGCUCGGCCGACACAGACAGAGUGUCCUUACAGAGCCACAGGUCUCAUUGUUCCUCCAGCAGCCUCCUGCCUCCUGACAGCAACAACAAGGCGGACCAGCUCCCUGCUGAAGCGGUUCAGUCCAUGGCAGAGGAGACACGAGUGGACGGAGACGUUGGCGGCCACGUUUAUUGUAAAUACUUCACUGCGGGCUGUAAUCUCCUGGUGCUUCUGAUCAUCCUGCUGCUCAGUCUCACAGCUGAGGCUGCAUACAUCCUGCAGGACUGGUGGCUGGUGUACUGGACAAAAGAAGAGGCGUCCAACACCACAACCAACGCUGUGACCAAGAGUCACUUCAAUGCUUCUCACUCAGAUCAGGAGAACAAUCUGACAUUUCACCUGGGCAUUUAUGCAGGUUUGACAGCAGCGGCUGUAGCCUUUGGCUACGCCCGGAGUCUCCUGAUCUUCUAUGUGCUGGUGAGAUCGGCUCAGACUCUGCACAACAGCAUGUUCAACGCCAUCAUCCGCACGCCUGUACGCUUCUUUGACAUCAACCCAAUAGGAAGAAUUCUCAACAGAUUCUCCAAAGACAUCAGCCAGAUGGACUCCACGUUACCCAUCACCUUUGUGGACUUCUAUCAAUUAAUGUUGCAGAAUAUCGGUGUAGUCGCCGUGGCCGCCUCGGUCAUCCCUCACAUCCUCAUCCCCGUCCUUCCUCUGCUUCUCUUCUUCCUGUACCUGAGACGUUUCUACCUGAGCACAUCACGAGAUGUCAAGCGACUCGAGUCCACCACCCGGAGUCCAGUGUACUCCCACCUGUCUUCAUCUCUUCAGGGUCUGUGGACCAUUCGAGCCCUCAAAGCUGAGGGCAGGCUGAAGAAAGCCUUUGACACCCAUCAGGACCUGCACUCAGAGGCCUGGUUUUUGUUCCUGAUGACCUCCCGCUGGUUUGCGCUUCGACUCGACAGCAUCUGCUCCAUAUUCAUCACCUUUGCAUCAUUUGGAUGCAUCCUUCUCAGAGACGGCCUGGAUGCUGGAGAGGUGGGCCUGGUGCUGACCUACGCUGUGACACUGGUGGGAAACUUCCAGUGGACGAUGAGGCAGAGCACAGAGGUGGAGAACAUGAUGACAUCAGUGGAGAGGGUGUUGGAGUACGCAGAGCUGGAGAGUGAAGCACCUUGGGAAUCCGAAAAGCAACCUCCACCUGAUUGGCCCGACAAAGGCCUUGUGGUCUUUGACCAAGUCAGCUUCUCGUACAGCGGGGACGGACCAACAAUCCUCAAGGACGUCAGCGCCACCUUCCAACCCAAUGAGAAGGUGGGGAUUGUGGGUAGAACAGGUGCUGGUAAAAGCUCCCUGGUGUCCGCUCUGUUCCGCCUGGCAGAACCUCGGGGGAAGAUCUACAUCGACGGGGUUUUAACCUCUGAGAUCGGCCUCCAUCACCUACGUCACAAGAUGUCCAUCAUCCCUCAGGAUCCUGUGCUCUUUACAGACACAGUGAGGAAGAACCUUGACCCUUUCCAUCAGCACCUGGAUGAAGACCUGUGGAGGUCUCUGGAAGAGGUGCAGCUGAAGUCUGUGGUGGAGGAGCUCCCUGCUAAGCUGGAAACGGUUCUGGCCGAAUCCGGCUCCAACUUCAGCGUGGGCCAGAGACAGCUGGUGUGUCUGGCCAGAGCCAUCCUGAGGAAGAACCGGAUCCUCAUCAUCGACGAGGCCACGGCCAAUGUGGACCCCAGGACGGAUGAACUGAUCCAGAAAACCAUCCGGGACAAGUUCAGAGAGUGUACUGUGCUGACAAUCGCUCAUCGCCUCCACACCAUCAUAGACAGCGACAGGAUACUAGUGCUGGACAGUGGUACCAUCCAGGAGUUAGACUGCCCCUUCACCCUGCUGCAGAACAAAGAGGGUGCCCUCUACAAGUUGGUGCAGCAGACGGGCCAAUCAGAGGCAGCCGCCCUGCUGGAGUCAGCCAGGAAGGUGAGGUGAGGUGUAAGAGGCUCAGUUAAGAGUUGUGCCUUUU